GAUAUGGUAAGCAAGACUUCAAGACUCAGUACUCCGUCAUGCCCAAGGAAAUUCGGGAUAUCAAGCAGUUUAUCGAGAUUGCGCGGCGGAAGGAUGCUUCCCAGGCCCGUAUCAAAAAAAUCGCCGCAAAAUCAGCAGCCGGGAAGGUCCAGACUAAAUUCAAAGUGCGGUGUUCACGAUACUUGUACACUCUUUCUGUGGACGACCCAGAGAAGGCUGAAAAGCUCAAGCAGAGCUUGCCCCCAGGUUUGAGUGUGGUAGAACUCGGGGCAACACCGAAGAAGAAGUGAACCCCUUCUCCAUCUCACACUUUAGUAUGAUUCGUGCGUCGCAAUGGAGGGGCACCGAUCGACUUGUGCAUCACCACCCUGUGAUGAAUAUGCAUCCUUUGAUUCAUACAAUCAUCCAUUCUAUAAUACCAAGCAUGACGCACGACCCCAAAAGCGUGCAUGUACCGAUCAUUAUGAAGUGCCUCGAUGUCGAUCAUGGUCGAAGGAGUAUGAGACCAUUUGGUGAAGACGAUUUCUAGUAAAAUUAUUAGCAGUCGAGAUCCAUCCAAUGCGGGCAGGGGCAGCGAGUUGAAAAGAUAUAAUGAUAGAUUCGUGAGCUUCAGGUACCUGCCCAGAGUCAGCCAUAU